AUGCCACCAAUUCCCGGAGGCCCAGCUGAUAUAUUCGGCUUCACUGCUGUUGAUGCGUCUGCGGAGAAGCUCUUCGACCAGAUUGGGCUUCGGGAUAUGCCUCCACCUCCAGUAAUACCAGUCUCUGCAACCCCGAUUCCCCAGACAAUCCUAGCAAGACGCAUACAGGGGUAUGCUAAAGUCCAUCUUCCUACUCCUACAUUCCACCACUCUAUGAGAGUAUAUCACUUUGGAAUUGCCAUGAAGCGUUAUGCGUUCCCAGCCUGGGCAUUCAGUGACGAAACUUACUUUAUUACUUGCAUGCUACACGAUAUUGGAACCACAGAAGAUCACCUUCGAGCUUCUCGUAUGAGUUUUGAACUUUAUGGCGGCUUUAUAGCCAUGGACUUGCUUCAAUACCCUAUUAAUGAGCAUGCUUCCACCAUCAUUGAUCCUGAUAAAAGAGUCACUGCAUCAAAUGCGCUUGCUGAAAGCGUCGUUGAGGCUAUUAUGCGGCACCAGGACAUACGUGAGACCGGGAAGAUCACCGCUUUGGGGCAAUUGAUUCAGCUGGCCACUAUUUUUGGUGUGUCUACAUUUCUUCAGCAUCUAUUCCGUCGAAACCCCAAUUUUGAUAUUGCUAACACCGAAAAAGACAACAUUGGAGGGCAUGAACAGUUGCUUUCAGCGGAAACAGUCAAGGAUGUUAUUGAGCACUACCCGCGUAUGCAGUGGAACAAUUGCUUUGCAGCUACAAUUCGCAAGGAAAUUUCCCUCAAGCCAUGGGCACACUCUACUACUCUUGGUACUGACGAGUUCCCAUCGCGCAUCGAGAAUAAUCCUGUUGGUUUAAAGUUUGAGAGUCUGGAAAAAAGGGUUGAUGAAGAAGGUGGUAUAACUGGCGAGGUCAAAGGUAUGGAUGAUAAGUAA